CGAAGGAAGAGGGUACGACGCCGGGGAGGGACUGGGUGCGCGGGCAUGAAGUUGGAGGUGUUCGUCCCUCGCGCGGCCCACGGGGACAAGCAGGGCAGUGACCUGGAGGGCGCGGGCGGCAGCGACGCGCCGUCCCCGCUGUCGGCGGCGGGAGACGACUCCCUGGGCUCAGAUGGGGACUGCGCGGCCAACAGCCCGGCCGCGGGCGGCGGCGCCAGAGAUCCGCCGGGCGACGGCGAACAGAGUGCGGGGGGCAGGCCGGGCGCGGAGGAGGCGAUCCCGGCAGCAGCUGCUGCAGCGGAGGUGGCGGAGGGCGCGGAGGCCGGGGCGGCGGGGCCAGGCGCGGGGAGCGGCGAGGGUGCACGCAGCAAGCCAUAUACGCGGCGGCCCAAGCCCCCCUACUCGUACAUCGCGCUCAUCGCCAUGGCCAUCCGCGACUCGGCGGGCGGGCGCUUGACGCUGGCGGAGAUCAACGAGUACCUCAUGGGCAAGUUCCCCUUUUUCCGCGGCAGCUACACGGGCUGGCGCAACUCCGUGCGCCACAACCUUUCGCUCAACGACUGCUUCGUCAAGGUGCUGCGCGACCCCUCGCGGCCCUGGGGCAAGGACAACUACUGGAUGCUCAACCCCAACAGCGAGUACACCUUCGCCGACGGGGUCUUCCGCCGCCGCCGCAAGCGCCUCAGCCACCGCGCGCCGGUCCCCGCGUCCGGGCUGCGGCCCGAGGAGGCCCCGGGCCUCCCCGCCGCCCCGCCGCCCGCACCUGCCGCCCCGGCCUCGCCCCGCAUGCGCUCGCCCGCCCGCCAGGAGGAGCGCGCCAGCCCCGCGGGCAAGUUCUCCAGCUCCUUCGCCAUCGACAGCAUCCUCAGCAAGCCCUUCCGCAGCCGCCGCCUCAGGGACACGGCCCCCGGGACGACGCUUCAGUGGGGCGCUGCGCCCUGCCCGCCGCUGCCCGCGUUCCCCGCGCUCCUCCCCGCGGCGCCCGGCAGGGCCCUGCUGCCGCUCUGCGCGUACGGCGCGGGCGAGCCGGCGCUGCUGGGCGCGCGCGGGGCCGAGGUGCCACCGACCGCGCCGCCCCUCCUGCUUGCACCUCUCUCGGCGGCGGCCCCCGCCAAGCCUCACCGAGGCCCGGCGGCCGGCGGCGCGCACCUGUACUGCCCCCUGCGGCUGCCCGCAGCCCUGCAGGCGGCCUCAGUCCGCCGCCCUGGCCCGCACCUGCCGUACCCGGUGGAGACGCUCCUAGCCUGAGUCGCGCCGCGGGGCCCGGGAACGCCGAGUGCACGCCGUCGCGGAGGCGGGAACGCGGGCCGGCGGACUUUGCACUUUGAAUCCAGAGGAAAAUGAAUUUUUAAAAUCUGCAUCAAACGUGCCUUAAAGCUAAAGCAUUUUGACAGGAGUAUUUAAACUUAGUCCAGGAUAUUUUCCUUUGUCUUUUAUAACUUUACAGAGGACCAAAGCAAUUCUUGUUUUAGUUUCUUUGCGAAGCCUGCUCCUCCUCCCCUUCAUAAGGACUUUUUUUGUCUUUCUUUAACGCCCAGGCUUCGUCUUAUUUCUACUGUUUUUGUCGCAACUUCCAUUGAUUUAUGUCCCUUCCCUCCCCCCUAAGUACAUCAGGGAACCUUUCCACACUAUAAAUGAUAUGACUACUGUUUGGGGUUUCUGGGCCCCCAUCCGUGUACGUAUGUGGCAUUUCCAGGUGUGACUGAGUGUGAGAGACAUGUCAGAGGCUCUUCAGUGAUUUCUUGCUAUUGACCAAUGCUUCACUGUGCCAAAAGAGAAAAAAAAUGUUGGGUUUUGUAAUUAAAUUAUUUAUAUAUUUUUGAAACCUGAAUUGAAAAUGUUGCAGGCAACGGGCUACAGCUUUAUUAGUGGUUCUCUAACUGUGGUCUCCUUGGGCCAAGCAAUUUCUUUAAAGGAAAAGUUGAUUAUGUAUGUGGGGUGCCAGGACCACUGCCACUUGAAAGCAAGUGUGAGUUUUAUUUUUAAUAUUAUUUUAUUUGUGUCUGUGUACAUAUUCAUGUAUAAAUUUUAUGAAACCCAAGCAUAGUGCUUAUUUUUUAAUAAAACAACUGACUUAACACAUUGUGA